UUAAACCUGUCUCCGGCGGCGCAGCACACGCUUGUUUUGGUGACUCCGCCGCCGCCGGUCGCGGGAAAGUGACGUCACACUGGAAGAAUCUGGAAGCGUCGCAUCGCGAGCCGAAGUCUGCUUCAGGAACUUGUGAGGAUUCUCGCCACUGACUCGCUCUCAGGGUUUGAAGGUUUCAUUGUUAAAAGCAAACAUGGUGAAGGAAACAGGUUUCUAUGACACAUUGGGCGUGAAACCUAACGCUACUCCCGAUGAACUGAAAAGAGCCUAUCGCAAACUCGCCCUAAAGUAUCACCCAGACAAAAAUCCCACAGAAGGAGAGAAGUUCAAGCAGAUCUCACAGGCGUACGAGGUGUUGUCAGAUGCCAAUAAGAGGGAGGUGUAUGACCGUGGAGGGGAAAAGGCGAUAAAGGAAGGAGGAACCGGUGGUGGUGGUGGCGGGGGUGGGGGGGGCUUUGCUUCGCCUAUGGACAUCUUUGACCUGUUCUUUGGUGGAGGCAGUCGGAUGCACCGAGAGCGAAAAGGGAAGAAUAUCGUUCAUCAGAUUUCAGUGACACUGGAAGAUCUUCAUAACGGAGCGACAAGAAAACUUAACCUGCAGAAGAACACAAUCUGUGAGAGAUGUGAAGGUCGAGGAAGUCGGAAAGGAGCGGCACAGAUGUGCAUGACCUGCCACGGCACAGGCAUGCAGGUCCGCAUGCACCAGCUAAUACCUGGGAUGGUGCAGCAAGUGUCCACAGUGUGCCACAGCUGCCAGGGCCAAGGACAGAGAAUCAGCCACAAGGAUCGCUGCAAAACAUGUGCAGGCCGGAAGAUCAUGCGUCAGAAGAAGAUCCUAGAGCUCCACAUCGAUAAAGGAAUGAGAGAUGGUCAGAAGAUUGUGUUCCACGGAGAGGGGGAUCAGGAGCCAGGACUUGAGCCUGGGGAUAUCGUCAUUGUCCUGGACCAGCGGGAACAUCCACGUUUCACCAGGAAAGGAGAGGACCUGACCAUGUCCAUGGAGUUACAGCUGGUUGAAGCUUUGUGUGGUUUCCAGACACCAGUUCAGACACUGGACAACAGAACUCUCCUCAUCACGUCACAUCCAGGAGAAUUGAUCAAACCUGGAGACACAAAGUGCGUCCCGAAUGAAGGAAUGCCCACAUAUCGCAGACCAUUCGAGAAGGGACGCCUCAUUAUUCACUUUUCAGUGGUGUUCCCAAAAGCCAACUUCCUCCCUGAGAACAAGCUGAAGGAGCUGGAGGGCUACCUCCCUGAGAAGGUGGAUGCCGAGCAGCUGGACCGAAUGGACGACGACCUCUACAUCUACGCCGACCUGGAGGACUGUGACUUGGAGAACAGAAAACGGCAGCACCAUCAGUACUACUACACGGAUGAAGACGAAUACACCAACACGAAUUCAGGUGUUCAGUGUCAGACGUCUUAAACCCGCCACUGGCUUGUUCUCAUGCCAGACACCCAAACCCUCAUCUCUGAAGAAAAGCACGUUUUCUGACAUUUUCUUUUCAGCUGAAUCACGAACACCCUCCUGCUUUAUUUUCAUAUGUAGAUUUAUUGAGUGGAGUGUCAAAGUUCUAAAACUGAACUCGGAUGCAGGUGAGUUUGAUUCCUCGUCAUCUCUGGGACCUUUGUUCAAAUUCAUAUUUUUCCCAAUCACACUGUGACCGAGGGCUGGUUUCAUAGACGCAGAAGAAGAACCAGGACUGACUGCUUCUUUUGCAGUUCCACUCACACUGAUGGCCAAUAUUCCUCUGAAAACAACCUCCACCUUUUAUAGUGUUACUAAAUCUGUUGUUGUGAAUUGCUUGUUGAUGACUCGUUCAGUCGGUUGUGUGUGUGUGUUGACCCAAUCUUCAGAUGGUGGUUGUGUAGAGGGAUUAUGCAUCGAUACUUUACCCUUUCAAAGGGCUAUUUUAUAAACAAUUUUGACAAUGUGACAGGUUUGGAAUGAUUCAGGCAAGAGAGUAUUUAGGUUCAAGCCACUUGUAUGUAGAUUAUUCCAACUAAUAUUUAAGUUUAGUUAAAUAUUUGUACUUUUGAGAUGCAGUUAGUUGUCGAAUUGUUGUGAUGCCACCGUUGUUUUUGUUUUGGCCACAUGUACUGAGAGGGGAACAUCUCAUACACUCACACACACAUUUGGAAAAAGGAUUCCGCAAACUGCUCAUCUAGAUAAUUUCACUCACACUUUCGUCAGGUAUUUUAACGUAAUUCUGUUGUACAGAUAAUAUCAAAUAUUCAGGCCCCCGAUUCCAAAAUACAUAUGGAAUUUCUCAAGUGCCAAUUUGCACUGAAGCUUAAACGAAAAAGGUAUGACAGAUGUUUUAGUUGUUUUUUAAGAAGUGGAAUGGUUUUUUUUCUUCAGAUAUGUGAUUUUAAAAACUUUACAAGAUGUAGAUUUCAGUAAAUUUAUAACACAUUCUAUUCAAGUAUCUUCUUGAAGGGUUUUGGCUGGUGUCGGCCCAAAAGCUAUUAAGUGUCUUUAUUUUUUUUCACCUUGAUUCUAAUUUUAAUAGUAAACGCCAUAUUGGACUUGAAGUCGGCCCAGCUGACACCUCUGUGUAGUGUCUGCCUGUUGAAAGCCUUAUCAGAACUUAACUUGAAGCGACAUGAUAAUGCAGUUUUUUCAUGUGUUUUUUAAUUUUGCCUUGGAUAUUGUAAAACACAACUAUGCUCACAGAGGCGAGGUUCCUUACAGUUGUUUGAUUGUUAUUCUUCAAAGCAGUUGCAAACUUCUGGUUCGUCACACUGUCGGGGCUAUUUAACUCUUUUUAAGUGUUGUCAAGGUCUUAAUUUGACUGUUUGCAUGUUGGGACCAAUGAUCCACUUGUUUGUGUUUAUGUUUUCUAAUUAAAUGCAGUUUGAUGGUU